GGGAUCCUAUUGGUUCCAGUUUCCGAAUGUCUGAGGUUGGGGGUGUGUCCCCACUGCAGACUGUGAUGGUGCAGUGUGGAGAGUACAACCUGCUGGUCAGGGCCCAGCUGGAUUUAUUUGGAACCAGGCACCAGAUUAAAGCUGCUGACCUGACCCUGGGGACAGCAGGUGGUUGGCCAACCAGAGUUUUCCCUGAGAACCAGACUGUCCUCUUUGACUAUGGGUUGCAUGAGUGUGGCAGCAGAUUGCAGAUGACUGGAGAUUUCCUGACCUACACGACCCACCUGACCCACAUCCCAAACUAUCCUGGAUCGAUCAUUGUGAGAACCAACGGUGCUGUUGUUCCCAUUGAAUGUCGUUAUUUGAGGAAGGUCAAUGUGAGCAGCAAUCCCAUCAAGCCCACCUGGAUCCCAUUCAGCUCCACCAGGUCUGGAGAAGGGCAUCUGUCAUUCUCCCUGCGUCUAAUGAAUGGUGACUGGCUGACAGAGCGCACUUCCACUGUCUACUCCCUGGGAGACCUCAUUCACAUUGAGGCAUUGGUUUCGAUGGCCAACCAUGUGCCCCUGAAGGUGUACAUUGAUCGCUCUGUAGCUACACUGAGCCCAGACAAGGAUUCCACCCCGAGAUACAGCAUCAUUGACUACAAUGGGUAAGGAGCUCUCUGCUUU